AUGAUUCUAAAUGUUUGGAUCACAAGUAUUCGCAAAAACCUCAAAGCUCUUUAUGUGGUUCAUCCAUCCAUGUGGCCCAAAUUUUUGCUGCAAACCAUGGGAAUGAUUGUUAGAUACAAUCAAAAGCAAGAGGCAUUUGGGUUUUUAUCCUUUUCACGGAGACCCACACGCCAAAUCCGCACAAAGGUGUUUGAAGUGGGCUUGGAUGUUCUAAUGGGUGUUGAUGGCUCAAAAGGAUGUCCAUCUAUAUUUCUUGAUUGUGUGACUUAUAUCAAGAAGAAUGGUAUGGAUGUUGAGGGAUUGUUUCGAAAAUCUGCCGCGCUCACUGCAUUGCACAAAGCCAAAAACCUAUAUAACGAAGGGCUUCCAGUGGAUUUUGAUGAGCUAGGUGGCAUUCAUACUGUGUGCAGUCUACUUAAAUUGUGGUUUCGAGAAUUGCCAUUACCAUUGGUUCACAUGUCAUUAUAUCCAACAGUCCGUGAGGUUGAACGAGCAAACAACAAGAUAGACUUUAUCCGAACAAAGUUUCUCCCAUGUCUAACGAUACCCACGCAACUCAUUCUUUGCCAGCUCUUUGAUCUCCUCAAUGCCGUGUACAUGCACAGCGAAACCAAUCUCAUGACAUCACGUAAUCUAACGAUUGUAUGGUCGCCCAAUUUUGUGCACAGCGAUAAUCCAGUACUUGAUGUUGGAAUGUGUGCCAUUGGCGUCCAAGGUGCAGGCAUCGGGACGAUUGUCAAGACAUGUAUCGAGUCAUACGAAGAGAUUUUUGGAGACUACGUCCAAGAAUUAAGGCGAAGUAGUUCUAUUGCAACAUCCAUGUCCAGCGCAAGAGCAUUACCGGAUGCACCGAUUUCAGCACAGUUGUUAGAUCUGACCUUGGAAGAGCCACUGAUUGUAGGACAGAGCACUUGUGAUUUUGUGAGUUCGGGUCAUUCACUUUCAACAGAUACGACUUCCCAGCCUCUUCCUGCAUCACCAUUAGAGUCGGAUCAUGGGCAAGCACUUGAAUCUAAAGUCGUAUUCACGUAAAACGGAACUUGUAUUCAUCAUGUCAUUGCUCAGGAAUAAACAACGACUGGAUAUCUGUUGGGCAUUCUUGGUACAGAUCGAGAUUCCCAAUUCUUCAAUAAACACAACUUCCAUCAU